AUGGCAGCUGACAAUUCCCUCCUGCACCUGGAGGAGGUCCUCACAGAAACGGAUGCAGGAGCACGUCCAGCUCAAACAUGCUGCUUGCCCCCAAACGGCUGCAGCAACAACAGCGGUGAUGCUGAUUGUGUGGUGCCCCCUGUGCUCACGGAGGUAGCAGCGCGGGCUGCGGCGAUAGCAGCUGCCGCUCAGGCAGCCAGUCUCUCCGAACGGUGUCGGUCUUUGCUGCCUCUACUGGAGGGAGCAGCCCAGAGCGGCAGCGGGAGAGAAGAGGAAACACCUGCUGACGGUAGCAGCGGCAAGGGAGACGAUAGCAGCGCAGUGGAAAGGAGUCAAAGACCCCUUACUGAGCGGCUAGAGCUAGAUUCCGACUCCGAGGGCCCUGUGGUAGAGUUGGAGGUAGGUGUAGGGGUCCUCGACGUAAUGGGCCAGGUUCCAGAUGACACGCGGCUAGCGCAGAUGGGCAUCCAAGUUGUGGAACUCCCUGAGGAUUCACCAGUGCUACUGGGAUCAGGGGGCCCUGGGCCUCCUAUGGACGCUUUACAGCGUGCGCUCGCAGCGCGGAAGCAGUCAGUUGGUUGUAACGGCCAGAGACUAGUGGUGUCAGUUCUCUCUAGCGGCAGCAGCAGCAGCGAAGGAGAAGAGGACAGCGACGAGAGUUCCGAAGCCUAG